AUGUCGUCAAGUACCUCCCAAGUCGCCCUACCUGAUGCUCUGAAAGACAUCUUCGAAUUCGACGAGGCCGAGAAGGUCGUUGCAAAAUAUCCCUGCUGGUACCUACAAAGUGUCCUUUUGCAAGGCUACAUAUACAUCACCCAACGUCACAUCUGCUUCUAUGCUUAUCUGCAGAAGAAGACUGGUGUGACUACCAAGUCUGGAUAUUUGACCAAACGCGGUCAGCGCAAUCCGCGUUACAAGAAGUACUGGUUCGUACUCAAGGGCGAUGUCUUGUCCUACUACAAGGACCCUUUGACUCCAUUUUCCCCACGAGAUGUUAUAGAUCUGCGUUACGGCGUGUCGGCAGAAGUUACAACCACUCAAGGCAAGGAUCAGGAGAGCUCUUCUUUUUGUGUUGUGACAGACGCCAAAACCUACCACUUCAGAGCGGAGACUGCUUCGAGUGCCGCGGAAUGGGUCAAACAAAUACAAAAGGUCAUAUUUCGAGCACGCAACAACAGCGAUAGCGUCAAGAUCUGCCUGCCAGUCGACAACGUGGUGGAUAUUGAAGAGAGCAGCUACCCUGACUUCGCCGAUACCAUCAAAAUCCGGGUCAUUGACAACGACGAGACGUUUGCCGUUGACGAGUAUUUUUUCUCUUUCUUCGGUUUUGGUGACGAAGCACUUCGCGUAUUACGAAGCCUGACUCAAGAGACAAGCGCGCAACGGGUGCUAUCAAGCCGUCCCGUUUCGCCUGUCCUCACCAAGUCAGAUCGUCGCCCUUCAUCGACACAUGGAAGAAGAUCCCGAUUGUCUUCUACGAGCCCGGCUCCGGGAGGCAUUCAUGAGAAUGUCAUGGCAACUCUCUCUCCCGCUUCCGGACUUGCCACCAAAAGCGCUCGCUCGAGUAGUGAAUUGGAACACUCUACUCUCGACCUAACUCAGGCUAAGGAAGAGAGAUAUGUCAAACAUUCUGCAAUACAGGAAGGCAGUCGAAAACAGAGGAAUUGGGGCAAGGCCACACGGGACCCAUCAGAGUCGUAUAUGUCGUCUUCUGAUCAAGGUAACGACAGCGAAAUGUCGGAAUCCGCGACUGGAACCGAUGCUUCGGGUAGCCACAUACUGAGCGGAAGCGUCAUGUUCCACAAGCCAACCAUUGGCAAGCACGACACAGAUCACGCCGCGUUGCACACUGCAUCGACCAGCGCUCAGACAAAUGUUUCGUCUGCUUCGGCGAAAAGACCCAGCAACGAACCUGAAGCUAAGCCUUUCGUAAAGAGCAUCCCGAAUUCGCAGGUGCAAGAUAUGCAUCAGUCAGACUCCUCGACUCUCGGUGGCUUGAUGAAGGUCGGGGCUGUUCCGAUUCAACGUGCCUCGGGCUUUUUGUACAAUUCUGGCAAACGUGUCAGCGGUCUGUUUGGGAGCUCACCAUUAGAGUACUAUGACAAGUUCUCGGGGAUGAUCGCUGGUGGAAGGAAGCACUACGCCGAAGCAGACGAGCUGGUACCUGGAGAAGAGGUCCAGGAUUCUGAGGAUGAGAUGACGGUGCGUGAAGCUGAAAAGAGCUUCCGAAGCCACUUCGCUCUACCAGACUCAGAGAAGCUCGUGGCGACGUUCUUUGGCUUCUUUCAUAGAGUCUUGCCGCUGUAUGGUAAGCUUUAUGUCGGCAGCACAAGACUAUGUUUCCGUAGCUUUAUGCCUGGAAACUGGACAAAGCUCGUUGUCCCAUUCAAAGACAUCAUGGAUGUUGACAAAGAAAGAGGAUUUCGCUUCGGGUACUCGGGUAUGGUUGUUGUGAUCCGGGGUCAUGAAGAAAUCUUCUUUGAGUUCGGAUCGCAAGACCUGCGAGAUGACUGCACUGUCACUCUGUUGCGCUCGCUGAAUGCGUUAGAGUUCUCUCAAGAGUCCGUUCUGCUUACGGAAGACGAGAAGCGAGAUGCCGAAGCUGCUGCAGCGGAGAACUUGUUACUACAAGAGGCUCGACAAGGUGAUCAGGGCGGAGUCGAGUUCCAGCCCCAUCGCGACAUUGACCAAUCAGAACAAGACUCUCCGGCUAUCUUUUUCGACGAUCCAGCGGCGUCUGUUCUGGACUUCAAGCCACAGGAGUCACUUCGAAUCACCUGUUUGACCAUUGGUUCUCGAGGAGAUGUGCAGCCAUAUAUAGCUCUUUGCAAGGGUCUACUUGCUGAAGGACACAGACCAAAGAUUGCUUCUCAUGCUGAGUUCGGAGACUGGGUACGCAGUCACGGCAUUGAUUUCGCGCCUGUAGAAGGAAAUCCAGCGGAGUUGAUGGCCCUUUGCGUUGAUCAUGGCAUGUUUACCCCGUCUUUCCUCUAUGAGACCAAUCAGAAGUUCUGGCCUUUCGUCAGAGGUCUUCUCAAGACAGCUUGGGCUGCCUGUCAAGACUGUGACUUGUUGAUCGAGAGCCCUUCUGCGAUGGCAGGUAUCCACAUUGCGGAAGCUCUUGAUAUACCUUACUUCAGAGCCUUCACGAUGCCCUGGACAAGGACUCGCGCCUACCCACACGCAUUUGGUAUGCAGAAUAAUAGAAUGGGUGGCGCCUACAACUACAUGACCUAUAUUGUUUUCGACAACAUAUUCUGGAAAGCCACGUCGAGUACAAUCAACAAGUGGCGCAAAGAAGACCUUGGACUAAAGCCUACCAAUAUGGAGAAGAUGCAGCAGGAUAAGGUCCCAUUUUUCUACAACUUCUCUCCCUCUGUGGUCACGCCGCCGCUCGACUUCGGUGAAUGGAUCCGAGUCACAGGGUACUGGUUUCUUGAUGAGGCAGAAGGUUUCACACCACAAAAAGAGCUUCUGGGCUUCAUCAAGAAGGCACGCGCAGACAAAGCGAAGCUUGUAUAUAUUGGCUUCGGCUCGGUCGUCGUUCCCGAUCCAAAACAGCUCACUCUGGACAUCAUCGCUGCGGUUAAGAAGGCUGAUGUCCGGUGCAUCCUCUCGAAGGGUUGGUCUGACCGCAUGGACAAGAAGGACGCCAGAGCGCUAGAGGUCCCGCUACCGGACUUCAUGUUCCAAAUCGCAUCUGCUCCCCAUGAUUGGUUAUUCCGACAAGUCGAUGCUGCUGUUCACCAUGGAGGAGCAGGAACGACCGGAGCGAGUCUGCGCGCUGGCAUCCCGACCAUCAUCAAACCCUUCUUUGGCGACCAGUUCUUCUUUGGCAGUAAAGUGCAAGACCUCGGUGUUGGUCAGAAAGUGUUAAAGCUCACUGAGAAUGCAUUGGGCAAAGCAAUAUGGAUUGCGACACACGACUCAAGAAUGAUUGAGAAGGCCAGGAAACUCGGAGAACAGAUUCGAUCUGAGGACGGUGUCGGCAACGUCAUCAAGGCCAUCUAUCGCGACAUGGAGUACGCAAAGACGUUAGUUCAGCAGCGCGUAGCCAGAGCGGCACAGGGCGAUACAGACGCCGAGGACGAGGAGGAAGUAGAGGUGGAAGAUAGCUGGACGUUGGUUGAGAACGACAGCGACCCGGAGGCGACAAGCCCGACAGCCAUGAUGCAGCCACAAUCACCCUCAUUAGCUGCUAAGGGGAAGGGUAAGUUGGGAUUGAGCUAUCUCCCGCUCAGGACUUGA